UUGAGAUUCCCACUCUGUCUUGAUUAUUAUUUAUAUGUGUAUCUCUCCGUCUUUACACUAGUGGUUGUUCCUCGCUGGUAUCUACAUCCUUCCUUUUGGCCUCUUCUUACCUCACUUCCACCCAUAGUAUUCAUCUCGCUCUCUCAUUCACUUAUACUCUCUUUCUUUCUCUUCACCACUUUCCACCACGCUACACUUUCUAGUGCCUUCUGCUAUGGCAUCCGUCAUCGAAUCUGCCUGGCAGUAUUUGAUCACACAUUUCAGCGACUUUCAGCUGGCAUGUUUGGGCAGUUUCUUUCUACACGAAAGUGUUUUCUUCUUAUCUGGACUCCCUUUUAUAUGGCUUGAGAGGGCUGGGUGGCUGACCAAGUAUAAAAUUCAGGCAAAAAUUAAUAGCCCUUCCUCUCAGGGAAAAUGUAUUAUUCGCUUGUUGUUGUAUCAUUUCGGUGUCAACCUACCUGUUAUGAUUUUUUCAUAUCCUGUCUUCACAUACAUGGGCAUGCGAAGUAGUCUUCCACUUCCAUCCUGGAGAGUAGUUCUAUCUCAAAUAAUCUUUUACUUCAUUUUGGAGGAUUUUGUAUUCUACUGGGGGCAUAGGGUAUUGCACACAAAAUGGUUGUACAAGCAUGUACACAGUGUUCAUCAUGAAUAUGCUACACCAUUUGGACUUACUUCUGAAUAUGCUCAUCCUGCGGAGAUACUUUUCCUUGGAUUUGCUACCAUUGUUGGUCCUGCUGUCACUGGGCCUCAUUUGAUAACUCUUUGGCUAUGGAUGGUUCUUAGAGUCCUUGAGACAGUUGAGGCACAUUGUGGUUACCAUUUCCCAUGGAGUCCUUCAAAUUUCUUGCCAUUGUACGGGGGUGCUGAUUUUCAUGAUUAUCAUCACCGGUUGUUGUACACCAAAUCCGGAAACUAUUCAUCAACAUUCACUUACAUGGACCGGAUAUUCGGAACUGAUAUAGGAUACAGAAAGUUGAAAGCAUCCAAGAGUGCAGAAAUUGAAUUCAGCAGCGAACAAAAGAAAAAAUGAUGGAGCAAAUUCUUAGGAACCCUUGCAAAAAUUAGAAUUUUGAAUUCUCAUCCUGAGGGUAAAAUUGAAAAAUGUCUUGUAUUCAAUGUGUUUUUUUGUAUUCAAUGUGUUAUUGUGUGUUUUUAGCUAUUUCUUGUCAACAACGUGUUUUCUUUUGGACAUUUAUGCUUUUGUUAUUUAGAAGAAUUCGGUGACAUUAGUUUUGGUUGGAUGGUUUUAUCCACAUUGCGCGUCUAAUAUUCUUGAUUCCUCUUCCUUGUUGGCGCACAUCAUUUGUAUUGUUUGAUUUGAAGUGAGUUUAUUUAAGGAAAGUAGUUGUUCCUUCACAUGUUAAGCCUA